AUGUCUGAUGAGGCAAGAGACGGCAUAGAAGAGCCGAGGCGGAGGCGGCAGCCUCGUGGUUUGCUACCACCAGGUUUGGUUGACCUUUUGGGUCCGCCCCUGAAGGUUGGUGCCAUGACUGGGACUAUCGGCAUGUUCAGUGGUAUUGCAGCCGGCAUCAUCCGUGACUCCACACCAGCUCUGUUCGCUGUGGCAUCCGGCAUCCAAUGGUUCGCUCUCGGUUCAAGUUAUUGGCUAUCCAGGUCUGUGGUGAUGGCCGCAUGGGGUGGCGAAGAGAACCUCUCCAAUUCAUCCAAGAUCCAAGCCAGCGCCAUUGCGGGAGGCACGGCAGGAAUGGUCGGGGGACUGAUUCGUGGCCCGAAAAACAUCAUUCCUGGAGUCAUCGUCUUCUCACUCAUUGGGGGAACGGGCCAAGCCUUUGUGAACGCCGCGCAAGGCAGACCCGAGGUCACGGAAAAGAAGAAGAGCAUCUUCGAGUCAAGUUGGAGUCCCCUGAAAAAGCUCUCGGAUGACGAGUACCGUGAAAUGAUUGAUGAGAAGAUGCUCAGGAUAGACGCCGAGAUCGCUCUCAUUGACGACAAGAUUGUAGAACUUCGGGCUGCAAAGGCAGCAGCUCCUCCUCCGCCUUCAAAGGACGCAUCACAACCACCAGAUGCUCGCGAAUAG